AUGGCAAAACCUGCCGAAACCAUCGAGGAACGUGUGAUCAACGAGGAAUACAAGAUUUGGAAGAAGAACACGCCCUAUCUCUACGACCUGAUCAUGACGCACGUCCUGGACUGGCCCUCGCUGACCGCUCAGUGGCUGCCGGAUGUGGUCAAGCAGGAUAAUUCGAAAUACUCAGUGCAUCGCCUUAUCCUGGGCACACAUGCAUUCGAAGAACAAAAUCAUCUGCUUAUCGUCAGCUUGCAGCUGCCCAAUGAGGAGGCCUCAUUCGCUGAAUUGAACUACGACGACAAGAACGGCCAGAUCGGCGGUUUUGGAUCUAUGUUUGCCAAGAUGGAAGUCGAAAUCGCGAUUUACCAAGAAGGGGAGGUGAACCGCGCACGCUACAUGCCUCAGAAUACUUGUGUGAUUGCCACCAAGUCGCCGCUCAGCGAUGUCUUGGUGUUUGACUAUUCGAAGCAUCCCAGCAAGCCGGAGCCAUCUAAAGAAUGCAAGCCAGAGUUGCGACUGCGCGGCCACAAGAAGGAAGGCUUCGGUCUCUCCUGGAAUCCCCAAUGCAGUGGUCACUUGCUUUCCGCUUCCGAAGACCAAACCAUAUGUUUAUGGGACAUCAAUGCCACGUCCAAAGAAAACCAGGUCAUUGAUGCCAUGAACAUCUUCACCGGGCACACAGCUGCCGUCGAGGAUGUGGCCUGGCAUGAGUUUCACGAGUCGCUCUUUGGCUCGGUGAGCAGCGAUCGCAAACUUGUGAUUUGGGAUACCCGCAAAGGAGACACUUCAAAACCAUGUUUCACCGUGGAUGCCCACACGGCUGAGGUGAACUGCUUGAGCUUCAAUCCCUAUUCGCAGUUCACACUGGUGUCCGGUUCCGCCGACAAGACAGUUGCACUUUGGGACUUGCGCAAUCUAAAGCAACGACUGCAUUCCUUUGAGUCCCAUAAAGGCGAAAUAUACCAGGUGCAGUGGUCACCGCACAAUGAGACUAUAUUCGCCUCCUCUGGCAGUGACCGACGUCUGCAUGUCUGGGAUCUGUCCAAAAUUGGUGAGCAGCAGGAUGCACAGGAUGCCGAAGACGGGCCGCCCGAACUGCUCUUUAUUCACGCCGGUCAUACGGCCAAGAUAAGUGACUUUGCUUGGAAUAACAGUGAACCUUGGAUUAUCUCUUCGGUGGCCGAGGAUAAUAUUCUGCAAGUUUGGCAGAUGUCUGAAUGUAUCUACAACGACAAUGAAUCUGACAAAGAUGAGUAAAGUAUUCAUUUCCGAAGCCAUAACUACAUGUAUUCUAAUAGAAGAUGAAGAUAUAUUGAUUAGAUUCUAAAUUUAAGCUCUGAAGAUGAAGUAUCAUUACCUCAUAAAUAAGGAUAAAUAUGGUUAUUCAUUUCGUAAUCCUAUGAUUUAAAAAACGAAAGUAUUCAAAGAAUUUUAAA